AUGGGUGCUAAUGAAAAGAAUGUAGAGAAUAAAGAAUAUCGUCUGCCUCGAGAAGUUAAGGAAGCUUUACAAGCAAUAGCAUCAGAGUGGGAAGAUGUGAUUGAUUCAAAGGCUUUGCUAGUUAUUCCUUUGAAAGGUGCAAUGACUAAUGAGGUCUUUCAGAUCAAAUGGCCAACUCGGGAAAGUGGUCCUUCGCGUAAGGUUUUGGUUAGGAUUUAUGGUGAAGGUGUUGAGAUUUUCUUUGACCGUGAGGAUGAGAUUAGGACGUUUGAGUUCAUGUCAAAGCAUGGUCAUGGACCGUUGUUGUUAGGCCGGUUUGGCAAUGGUCGUAUCGAAGAGUUCCUCCAUGCACGGACCCUAUCUGCUUCUGAUUUGCGUGAUCCUGCAAUAUCUGAUCGCAUAGCAACUAGGAUGAAAGAGUUUCACGGUCUUGAAAUGCCUGGUGUUAAGAAGGCUUUGCUUUGGGACAGAUUACGAAAUUGGCUCAGUGCAUGCAAGAGACUGGCUUCACCAGAAGAAGCUAAGUCCUUUCGUCUCGAUGAAAUGGAGAUGGAAAUUAAUUCGCUUGAGAAAUCUCUCUUUAAGAAUGACGAAAAUAUUGGAUUUUGCCACAAUGAUUUACAGUAUGGAAACAUAAUGAUGGAUGAAGAGACCAAAGCAAUAACCAUCAUUGAUUAUGAAUAUUCAUGUUACAAUCCUGUGGCUUAUGACAUUGCCAAUCACUUCUGCGAGAUGGCUGCCGAUUACCACACUGAAACACCUCACAUCAUGGAUUACAGUAAAUACCCUGGUGUGGAGGAGCGUCAACGAUUUCUGAAAACAUAUUUGAAUUCUUCAGGUGAAGAAGUGCCCAGCGAUACUAUGGUCGAAAAACUCCUUGAAGAUGUUGAGAAAUAUACACUUGCUAGUCAUCUAACUUGGGGUUUAUGGGGAAUUAUAUCGGAACAUGUGAAUGAAAUCGAUUUCGACUACAUGGAGUACGCAAGACAAAGGUUUGAGCAGUUUUGGUUAACAAAGCCGACGCUCCUUGGUAAUCCUUGA